AUGGCUAAAGCCUAUGAUUAUUUAUUUAAAUUACUUUUAAUUGGCGAUAGUGGUGUUGGAAAGACAUGUGUGCUUUUACGUUUUUGUGAUUCAGCAUUUAGCACAACAUUUAUUUCGACUAUUGGAAUUGACUUUAAAAUUCGUACAAUUGAACUUGAUGGACGAAAAAUUAAAUUACAGAUUUGGGAUACUGCCGGCCAAGAACGUUUUAAAACAAUUACAACAGCUUAUUAUCGAGGAGCAAUGGGAAUAAUGCUUGUAUAUGACAUAACAAGUGAAAAAAGCUUUGAUAAUAUUAAAAAUUGGAUUCGUAAUAUUCAAGAACAUGCAUCGGCUGAAGUUGAACGAAUGCUUAUAGGAAAUAAAUGUGACAUGCAAGAUAAACGACAAGUCACCCGAGAAAAGGGUGAAAAUCUUGCUAAUGAAUAUGGUAUUCAUUUUAUGGAGACCAGUGCCAAAGGAAAUAUUAAUGUGGAUGAUGCAUUUUUUUCUCUUGCAAAAGAUAUUAAAGCAAAAAUUGAUAAAAAAUCUGGUAGUGAUCAAUUGGGUAAUAAACCCGCAGUAAUAAGGCCAAAAGCGGAUACACAUAAAAAAGCUGGUACAUCGUUUUGGUCUCGUUGUUCAAUUUUUUAA